AUGGUAGAAGGAGAUCUUAGACUGCCAGAGGGCAGAGGCCAACUGCGACGAGUUUCCCAGCACACUCUUCCUCCUCCGGGCCAGGGACAACCAAGGAAGUCCCGCAAGAAGCUCCAAGUGAUCGUCUGUGUGCUACUUGUGGAGCUUUGUGAAAGAUUUGCUUUCUUUGGGAUUGUGUGCAACACGAUUCUGUUCUGCACUGUGAAGCUGGGAUAUGAUAACUACCUGGCUGCAACAGUCAACCUCUGCUUUGUCGGAGCCAGCACCCUGACGCCUGUUCUGGUCGGGUGGUUUGCAGAAACCUGCUUUGGAAGAACCAAAGUUCUCUACUUGUGUGCUGUCCUUCAUUUCUUUGGUACAGCCAUGUUACCGGUGGUGGCGUUUCCUUUCGAAGAUUUCUACAUUGACACUCAUCACAUGACACACCAGCUGGACCCUCGGGAGCAACAGAUCUUGUUCUACACUGGACUCCUGGCUGCUGCACUGGGUAUAGGGGGCAUCCGGGCAAUCCUCUGCCCCAUGGGAGCAUACAGCCUGCAGGGCUACAACCAGCACCAGCUCCUCUCCUUCUUUAACUGGUUCUACUGGUUGGUGAACCUGAAUUCCACUGUCGUGUUUCUGGGUAUUGCUUACAUCCAGCAGUCUGUGGCCAAAAAUCUAGGCUUCCUCAUCCCCUUCACCUCUGUGCUGCUGGCUCUCAUUGCCAUACACAUGAUGCGCAACAAACUCACCUACAAACCCAAGAGAGGUGGCUCCUUACUGACGACACUGGGAGUCUUCUUGAACUCUCUGAAGAUGUGCUGCCUCCACUAUCGGCACCUGAGUGGAGAUGUGGCAUCCUGGUUGGACCGCGCCAAGGAGAACAAUGGUGGUCGCUACAGUGAGACACACGUGGAGAACGUCAAAGUCCUGGCAAAACUCUUCCCUCUCUAUGGGCUUCAGCUGCUGUACAGGGCCUGCAUCACACAGAUUCCCUCAGGUUACUACAUACAGACAAUGAACUCCAACCUUCAUCUGAAUGACCUGCUGUUGCCCAUCGGAGCGAUGAAUGUGAUCAGCAUCCUUCCUCUGCUGUUCUUAGCGCCGCUGAUUGAGUUUGUCACUACCUGCUUCCUCUCUGUGGAGAAAACACCUCUGGCUCCUGCUAAAGCCAUUACUUUGGGCCAUGCGUGUGCCACUCUGUCAGUUCUGAUGGCAGGCUUGUCAGAGCUGCUGAGGAAGACUUACCCUCUGGUGGAGCAGACUCUGUCAGGGAAGGUUCUGCAAGUGUCAUCCAUGCCGUGUUUCCAACUGGCACCGCAGUACAUCCUGCUCGGGCUGGCAGAGGCACUCGUCACCCCUGCAUGUUCCCUCAUAUCUUUCCAGUUGACUCCGAGCCACAUCAGAGGCAUCUCUCUGCACUUCCUCACCCUGUCCUACGGAGGGGGCUGCUUUCUAGGCGCCUUUAUCGUUCAACUAGCAUACUUUUCCUCUGGAGGUAAUUUCUAUCCAAAGACACUGCAUGAUGGGAAUCUGGAGAGAUUCUUCUUCCUCCUGGCCACACUGAUGGCGAUAAACACCCUUGUGUUUUGGAGUGUAUCUUACAGAUACAUAGACCUGAGUGUGCAGGGCAAAGCACUGACCAUCAGCCCUCUGACUGAGAAGCUGCUGCAUUACAAGGCCUGUCUGCGUUUCUAUGACACCGUGGAUCGCUCCUUCACAAACAACUCCAUUGAUUCCAUUUUAUGACCUUUCUCCAUGAUGCUCUCACCGCGUAGUGGCGCUGGCGCUGCAUUUUACUGAGUCAAAAGCCGUAACUUGGGAAAUUGUAGGCUGAACUGCAUAAUUGAAAUACAUUGAUAUUUCAUGUACAUAUUUGUGUCGCUUUUGAAAUAUGUCAUAAAUUUAAAGAAUGGCAUAAUUUCUUUGU